AUGGGUGCCAAGUCAGGAACCGCUCUCAAGUUCCUUCAAUGGUUCAUUCGUGGCAUUCAAUUUGCCUGUGCAGCCCUCAUCCUUGCCAUUUACUCCUACUUCUUAGCCACGCUCCACAACCACAACCUUCACAUCAGCGAUACCAUCCGCGCCGUGGAGGGUAUCUCUGGUGUAGCUGUUCUCUACACUGCUGCAGCUUUGGUACUUGUCUGCUGUCUCGCUGGUCGUACACUUUCUUCUCUCUUGGCCAUCAUCCUGGAUGUCGCUUUCAUCGGUGCAUUUAUCUAUGUUGCUGUUGCCAACAAGGGUGGUGCUAGCAGCUGCACUGGCUAUCUAGACACUCCAUUUGGUAAAGGAAAGGCUGGAAACACUGCCGAGGGCAGUGAUGGAUUCACUGCUUUGCCGAGUUACCGCACGGCCUGCAAGCUCCAUAUUUUCUUCAUAUUAUCCAUUGUGUUGGAGGUUGCCCUUGCUCGCCACCACCGUAAGGAGAAGCGUUUCGGCCCCAGUCCUGCUAACGAUUACACCUCGGGCUAUGGUGCCAAGGGUGGAUUCCUGGGCCGUAUAUCCCGUCGUCGCAAGGCUGCUGCCGCCGAAGAAGGUCAUGAUUUGCCGGAGCAUACUCACCCUGAUCAGCUCGAUGCAUAUCGCCAGAGCCACACCACAGAUCGCACCGCCGUCAACAACUACCCUGACAAUACCUACAACAAGUACGAUAACACCGGCUUCAGUUAUCAAGACCCCAAGUAUGCGCGCCAGGACGGUUAUGGUCAGAUUCACUACCCUGAGCCUGAGUAUGGUGUCACUCAACCGCCCGCUCGUCAGACUGAGAAUCCAAACUAUCGCUAUGAAGACGGUGUUUACGAUCGCACUUAA